AUGUCUUCCUUCAAUGAUCGUGCCUGUGAUCCGUGCCGGCAGCGCAAGAUAAGAUGCGAUCGAUUGCUUCCAGGUUGUGUCAAUUGUCGACACGCAAGUCUGGAAUGUAGCUAUUCAGAUCGAGCGAAGAGGACGAAUCACGUGAAGAUAUUGUCGGAAAGUCUCGAAGAUAUCGAAGGGCGCUUGCAGAUGCUGGAAGAAGCCAGGCCGGCGAGCGAUCACUCUACCACACCUGACUCUCUUCAUGCCCGCUUAGAUCGCAUUGAAGAUGCACUUCGGCAGUCACUUAAUGCUAUUCAGCAGAUCAGUGGUACUGCAAUCCUGCCCCGUGGCGAUCAAAAUCCGUGUGAACCUAAAAUAUUACCGGAGGUCGAGGUUCUCCGCGCAACCCAAGUGUCCCCGUCUAGAUCAGAAUGCAAUCAUGUUGCUUUCGAGGAUAAUGGCAUCGAGAAGCACCACGGGUCCAGUUCGAUGCUACUGCUGAUUCGAAAUGCUAUACUGGCCCUAGAGCAACGCUUAAGAAGCCAAACAGCUCUUCCAGAGAACACAGAGGGUCAAGAUGACCCAAAGAUGAAUGUUUAUACAUGGCUAUCUCAAUUAUGCCAGGACGCCUUCCGCCUUUUUGUGCACAAUGAUUAUGCUGAUCUUUCUCAUGAUAAUCAGUCAAUUACCCUGCCAUCCGAAGGCCUCGUCAACGCGCUAGUUCAGCCUUUCCUGGAGCAGAUAAAUACUGUUUUCCCUAUAUUUGAGAAAAGCCAGAUAUACGACUACAUCCGAAAUGCUUAUUCAUCACCCCCCGAGGAGCAAGAUAUUGCUCUAUAUCUCAUACUAAACUGCAUUACAUCUCAUACACUCUGUGCAAAAUAUCGCAGUACGCCACAGGAUACGAAUGAAAAGGUGAUGGACGCGGAGCUUCUCAAGCCUUUCCUUGUAAACCUUCGGCGUGCAUUUCGAGAUGCUGGCCAGUUGCUAAAGCCAAAAUUUGUUACUGUGCAAGCUUUAGUAUCAUUUAAGUGUCUCUUUGCACUAGACAAUUUUCAAAUUGAAGUUGCAGAACUUCUAAUGGAACAUGCAUCUCAUUGUGCCAAGGGUAUGGGUUUGCACCAGCAGCGACCUUAUUCCUUGGCUUCUCAUUCAUUACUUUCACCCGAACGUCAAAAUCUCUUUUGGUGUCUAUUUGUUUUGGACAAAGCCAUCUUUUUCCUAACUGGCAAGCCAUGUACCCUACCCUCAUAUGACUGCAAUGUUCCCCUUCCUUCCCCUGCCACAGACGACAUUCCACAGCAAAUGUUUCUCGCUCGCAUCCAUCUCAGCAAAAUCCAGGAGCAAAUUUACACAAGUCUAUAUUCUGCACAGGCUGUCCAACAGUCAACCAGAUUACGAGAAGAUGCAGUCUACCGGCUACAGCAUGAGCUGCAACGUUGGCUCUUAUUGAACGAGUCCUUGCUCUCUAAUAAUGACAAUUCACCAAGCCAUCCAUGUCACUAUGUCGGCCCUGAGCUGCUUACACUUUAUGGCAUGUGUCUAGUUAUGGUGAUGCGGUUCAGUACCGACGCUUUAGGGGACAGGCAAUGUUUAGACGAAGCCCGUGCCACUAUUGGCAGAAUUAUCGAUCUCGAUGAUGCGGCAGAGCUUCGAGGGAAAGAAGCGGCAUUGCGCAGGAUCUUUGAGUUCUGCCCCUUUUCGGCCUUCUCUGAGAUUUUCUCAAGGCUACUCAGGUACCCUAGAACGACCUGCGUUCCUGAGGAUCUUAAACUUGUGCACCGCGUCGUGUCUAUUUUGCGGAGUGUCAGCAAAGCAGAUCACCCUUCAACUUAUUGUGCAAAGACCCUCACUGCCACAAGUAGAUGCUAUGAGCUCACUGCUGCAGUCAUUAAACAUGCAAGUGCCUGUCGAGCACGCAAGAAGCGGCGCCUAGAACAUGCAGAAGGAAGCGAUGCCACUCAAUCCGCGUCUGUAAAGGAUUGGAUUGGACUGAUAGGCACAGCAUCUAGCCAUGAUGUAUCAGCUCAUCUUGACACGGGCUCCCCCACGCCUCUUAGGUCUCCACAACCUUCCUUUUCAGAAAACGUCGCUCCUGUGGAACAGCCCUCACCAUCUCGAUUUUUGUUGUCUGCGUCGUCGACACUGUCUCCACCUCCUCUCAUAGAUCCCGAGCUUUUGCAUCAAUUCUCGGAGACAGACCUGAGUCUACCAUUUGACUGGAUCAAUGAUUGGGACGGCACAGAUGAUUUGAGUGGACUCCCCCAUGAGGGCCCUGUAGAUCUAGAUAAAGGGAAAGCAAAUUGA